AAAGUUGAUUCGACAGACGAAAAACAGCGCAAACCUCUUCAUUUGGCUGCUAUGAAUGGACACAAGGAUGUUGCUGAGAAGCUUAUCAUGAAAGGAGCCAAAGUUGAUUCGACAGACGAAAAACAGCGCAAACCUCUUCAUUUGGCUGCUAUGAAUGGACACAAGGAUGUUGCUGAGAAGCUCAUCAUGAAAGGAGCCGAAGUUGAUAUCAAAGAUGCCAAUAAUCGUACAGCUCUUCAUUAUGCUGCUGAGAAUGGUCACUCGAAUGUCGUUGAAAUUCUCAUCACGAAAGGAGCCAAUAUCAACUCGGAAGAUAACAUUCAUCAGACACCUCUUCAUUUAGCUGCUGAGAAUGGACACAAGGAUGCUGCUGAGAAGCUUAUCAUGAAAGAAGCCAAAGUUGAUGUUAAAGACUAUUUAAAUCGGACACCUCUCCAUUAUGCUGCUAUGAAGGGUCUCAAGGAUGUCGUUGAAAAAAUCAUCACAAGAGGAGCCAAUCUUGAUUUCGGAGACUGCCAUGACAAGACACCUCUUCAUUACGCUGCUGAGAAUGGUCAUAAGGAUAUCAUUGAUAUGCUCAUCACGAACGGAGCCAAAGUUGACGUUGAAGACUAUUUAAAUCGGACACCUCUCCAUCAUGCUGCUAUUAAGGAUCACAAGGAUAUCAUUGAUAUGCUCAUCACGAACGGAGCUAAUGUUAAUUGUGAAGAUUACAAUAAUCAGACACCUCUUCAUAUAGCUGCUUACUAUGGUCACAUGGAUAUCGUUGAAAAGCUCAUCACGAAAGGAGCCAAGGUUGAUCUUAUAGACGCUCUUAAACGGACACCUCUUCAUAUGGUUGCUGCAAAUGGCAACUUAAAGAUCGUUCAACUUCUUGUCGUCAAUGGAGCCAGUGUUACUGCUACCGACAAUUGUAAUAAGACACCUUAUGAAAAAGCUUUUGAGAAUGAUAACAAGGAGGUGGCUGACUAUCUUAAGGAGGUUGAAGAAAAAAGACGCCAUGGACACAAGUGAAAUCAAUUGAAAAAUCAGAUGUUUUCCUUUGAGUUCCAUUGUCAU